CCGCCCCUCCAGUUUCUCACCCCCCCCCCCCGGCUCGUCCACCUCCCGAAAAAAAUUCGCGCAUCCAGCCGGCGCGCGCUCCGAUUCGCGCCCCUCUUCUCCUUCCGUUCCCCCCAUCCGACCGCUCGUAGCCGCCAGCGGUUGGAGCUGGGACUCGGGGCUUAGGGUUUGGAGAGGUUGGUUGGGGGCCCGAUGGCGGGGGCGCAGGGGGAGAGCAGCGGCGAGCGGCAGGGGCCGGCGGAGCGGCGGAUGCUGCGGUCGCGGUACCUCGCCAUGAAGAACCUCAUUAGCGAUGAGCGGGAUGAGAUGGCCAGGGCGGAUUCGGACAAGUUCACGGCCAUCAUCUCGCAGGUGGAGUGCCUGCACGAGCUCGUGCAGAGACCUAGGGAACAAAUAGCUGAUGCAGAAGCUCUGCUUGACAUUGCAAGCACUUUGGUAACUUCGGUGAGGUCCCAGUCAAGUGAAGGUAUCACCCCUUCUGAUUUCAUAACAGCUCUGCUGAAGAAAUUUGGGCAGCAAGGGACCUCUGAUGAUGAUGCUGCCUUGUUGCGCUGGGAUGAUCUUGGGCUUUCUGUUUCACAUGCCUUUAGGCCUGUGCCUGGAUGCUGUACCAUGCUUGGACCCAUGAAUACAGAAGUAAAACAGCGAAAAGUUGUGGCUGGUAGUAGAAAACGGACUGCUCGGCCAACAGAAAAUACUUGUCCUGAAGAGCUUGCUGAUUCUUCAGAGGAAGUAAAGACAGACACUGACAGGAAUGUGUUAGUUAUAUUUGAUAUCUUGAGGCAGAAGAAGAGUGCAAGGCUGGAAAACCUUGUUUUGAACAGGCUUUCAUUUGCCCAAACAGUUGAAAAUAUUUUUGCACUGUCUUUCUUAGUGAAAGAUGGUAGGGUGGAAAUAAAUAUAAAUGAUAAUGGGCAUCAUAUAGUAUGCCCAAGAAAUGCACCUGCUGCUAGUGCCAUAGCCUCAGGAGAAGUCUCCUACAGCCAUUUUGUUUUUAGGUUUGAUUUCAAAGACUGGAAGCUUAUGAAAGAAAUCGUUGCAGAGGGGGAAGAACUGGUGCCACACAGGACUUCCCAGAGUGCUCACUGCACCCAAGAUAAUGAUCAGCCAAAUCUGGAGGCACGUGCGCAAAGAACGCCGAUCAGAAAACUCACCCGGAACCGAGGCUUGGUCUUGCAAGAACAGGUUGUCGAGGAAACACCUGAGGAGAACCAAACGUCCAAGCGCAGGCGCCUUUUUAGAAAUCAGGACUGACCUAGCUGUUGGUUGGCAUGAGCAGUGUAGGUAGGCAGCCUACCUUGUUUUGUAUGUACAAGUACAACUAUUGCCAGAGUAACGUAUUUUUUGACUAGGUUUAUAUGACAGUUGUGCCAAUCUGUUGUAGCACUGCACAACUUGUGCUUCGCUGACUAGCGAUGUAACCAAGUUCCAAUUGUUUGAACUUCUUUUCACACUAUGGAAUGGUCUUGUAUAUCACACUUGAUGCAUUGACGGUCAUGAUGACUCGAAUUCGAUGCUU